AUGCAAUUCUCUUAUUCAAUGAGCGAACUUUCAGUCUUUGCUCAGAGGCUUUUGAUGGAAAGGACGACAAGCGGCCAGUCUGCAACGGAUGGCGUCGCUGAGUACAAUGCCGUACACGCUGAAGCUUUACGACAAUUUCGCUCAAGAAUUGUUCUACUUGGAACAAAGGACAUGUGUCUUUGUGGAUUGCUGUCAUUGCCUCGAUCCGUGCAACUCAUUUGUGCCAUUGAGGUUUUCUUCUCAGUGAUCCUAUUGAUUCAAUCGCCGGAUCUCCUCCGAACCGAUGGCCGAUAUUUCUACUUUUUGGGUCUCUUUGAUGGAAAAGGGUGGUGGUUCUUCACAAUGCAUUUGACAGUUUGUAUCUCUUGCAUUCUCACCUCAAUCCUUUUAUCGGUGGGGAUUCGAUUGCACAAUUCGUUGCUUUUGAUCCCGCAUUUGUUGUGGCAGGUGCUUUUCGUUUGUUUCUGUAUUGCUUCGAUAACGGUGAUGAUCACUCUAGGGAUUGAUGGGAAAAUGUUGCUCCCAUCAAGUGUUGUACUAUCAGUGUUGCUUUUCAUUCCAGGCCUCUUCGAAGUUUGGUGGUCAUUUUUGACGUAUCAACUCUUCAAACAACUCUAUGUCUUCGGCUCAACGUUUAAAGAGGAUCGAAGAGAGCAAUCGAGUGACGAUCUACAGUAUUAUUCGACUGAAAUU